AAGGGCGGGGCGAGGAAGCGGUGGCCGUACGGGUCGCUGAGGCUGCCGCCGCACCUCAACCCCUCCUGCUUCUGUCCGUCUGUCCUUCUGUCCGUCUGCCGCCCCGCCAUGGCUGCGCGGGUCCCCGCGCUCCGGAUCCUACUGCUGCUGCUUCUGCUGCUCCCGCCGCCUCCAGGUGCCCACAGUGAGGUGUGUGUGGCUUCCCGUGGACACAACUUCUUCCCAGAGUCCUGUCCUGAUUUCUGCUGCGGCAACUGUUAUAACCAAUACUGCUGCUCCGACGAGCUGAAGAAAUUUGUGGGGAACAAGGAAAGCUGCGCAGAGCCCAAGGCCAGUGUGUCUGCCGGUACCGAGCCCCUGGAGCAGCUGGGCUCGGCGCUGAGGUUCCGUUCCAGCUUGGACAGCGACCCCAUGUCAGGGUUUGGGGCAACGGUAGCCAUCGGCCUGACCAUCUUCGUGCUCACUGUUGUCACCGUCAUCAUCUGCUUCACCUGUUCCUGCUGCUCUCUCUAUAAGAUGUGCCGCCGGCCACCGCGUCCGGUGGUCACCACCACCACGGCCACGACAGUGGUGCACACCCCUUACCCUCAGCCUCCGAGUGUGCCCCCCAGCUACCCAGGACCGACGUACCAGGGCUACCACCCCAUGCCCCCACAGCCAGGGAUGCCAGCAGCACCUUACCCGACACAGUACCCCCCGCCUUACCCUGCCCAGCCUAUGGGCCCCCCAGCAUACCACGAGACACUGGCUGGAGGUGCGGCCAUGCCCUACCCUGCCAGCCAGCCUCCUUACAACCCGGCCUACAUGGACCCACCGAAGGCAGUUCCCUGAACAUGUCCCUGCUUCUCUGGCUGCCCCUUGCGGGGUGUGUGUGUGUGUGUGUGUGUGUGUGUGUGUGUGUGUG